CGAAUUUGUUCUGGUACGACGGGAACUUCACCUGUCGAUUUGGUCACAGCUGAGCCACAACAAUAUACUGUAAUGAUCUUUGUACUCAGGCUCUCAAAUCAUCCUUGGCCACGUGUUAACGAUACUCAUUGAGGCCUUUAUAAUUAGAAUUAACACGUUGGAAGUUCGUUAGUUACAUUGACCGCUGUAUCUCCCUCACGGCUUACCUAUUGGAACUGUCUGCGACAGAGGAAAGGCGAAUUAAAGCACUUAUCGUCAAGAAUAAGCUAUGAGACUGUUGUUUAUCUGGGCUUUCAUGUGUACAGUGCACACAGUGCUGUGUACUCAGGAAGAUGUGGCACAUGGAGGACAUGGCAAAGAUCAGCACAACCCCAUCCACAAAGAGCACUACCACGAUGGAGAACACGACUCCCACUACGAUCACGAGGCUAUCCUAGGUGACAGGCAGCUUGAGAAGGAAUUUGAUGAGAUGGAGCCAGAGGAAGCCAAGCGUAGAUUGAAGGUGCUGGCCGUAGAAAUGGACUCGGAUAAGGACGGAUUUGUAUCCAGACAGGAGCUCAUUGACUGGAUCAUGAACUCAUUUCGUAAGUUGGAUAUGGAGGACUCCAUGGAACAAUUUGAAGAAUGUGACGAGAACAAUGACAAUAAAGUCACAUGGCGGGAGUAUCUUAGUCGUCACCAUGGCUUCAACAUCAAUGACUAUAAGGAGUACUCCAAUGAACAGGAAGCAGUUGAUGAGUUCACAAAGGUUCUUGAAGAGGACAAGAAGAAAUUUGAUGCGGCUGAUGUGGAUAAAGAUGGUGCCCUGACUAAGAAGGAACAUGUGGCGUUUCUGUACCCCGCCGACUUUCCUCACAUGCAUGAUGUGGAAAUGGAGAGAGUUCUUAUGGAUCAUGACAAAAAUGGGGAUGGGACAAUUACUAAGGAGGAAUUUCUUGCAGAUACUGAUAAAAAUGACAAGGAGCUGGUGUUGGUGGAGGAGGAAAGAUUUGGCGAUUUUGACAGGAACAAGGACGGUGUCCUCGACAAGAAAGAAAUCAAGGACUGGGUGUUGCCCGACAACAAUGAGGCAGCUGUGGAAGAGGCUGAACAUUUAAUACAGCGGUCUGACAUGGCAGGUGAAAACGGCAAAGAUGGCAAACUGUCCAUCGAAGAGAUUGUCAGCAAUCAUGAGGACUUUGUGGGAAGUCAAGCAACCAAUUACGGUGAAUUUCUUCCCAAAGAUGAACUAUAAUGAACAAUACUGAAUAUAUUUAUCUCUUUUAAUUUUAUAAAUAUUGCUACAAAGUUUUUCAUUUACAUGCUUUAUCAGUAUUUUUGUAAGUAAUAUUUUACAUAAACAUGCAAAGUAAAAGAUACAUUUGUACAUUAUAGUUGUAGUUUUGUUCUGUCAUUGUAUGUACAUAACAUGCAGUAGAUAAAAGCUCAUCCACUGAAGCAAGUACUGGCUGGUGGAAUGUCUAGGAAGAAAUAAGCAACAUAUACCCUUAGUAAUUGUAUUUGAAUUCAAGAUUAGGUGACUUUUUCGAAAAUUUUCAGUUACAUUACUGACAUCAGUGCAUAUACAUUGCCUGAUCUAGCCAUUUUGAUUUGACAGGAAUAUUUAAAGCUGAAUGAUUAGAUUAUAUUUUAUCAUCAUUAUAAUUAACAUUCCAUUCUGUGUGCAUGUAUAAAUUCACAAAGACCAGUGACUGAUUAUGCAAGGUGUGAGUUUGUGUUUAAAACAAGUACAUGUACAUGUAUAUAUUUCAUGGUGAUAAGGAAUUACCUUACCUAGUAUACAUUGUAAAGGAUGUCCUGUUUUUAUCUUCAGUCUUGACCAAUAAGUUUUUGAUAAGCAUUCUUGAAUUUCUUCACAAUUUGUAGAAGGUUGUAGUGAAAUAGUAGUGUAGCCAACCUUUAGAACACAUAAGAAAUAGUACAAUGUUUUUACAUCUAAUAUAACAUUGCAUGUUUCACUCCCCUCUUUUCACAUAAAUUGAGAUGAUACUGAUAACUUUAAGAUUUAUUUACAGUAAUUUAUGUACAUUGAAGUUUUGGUUGUACAGUUGUUGUGAAGUGAGUGAACUCUAAUCAUAUGUAAACACGUCUAUAAAUUCACUGUCAAUUCAUACUGAUAAAAUGUUAUUUCAAAAAUAAAAAACUAACUUUAAAUAUCA